AAACAAAAUUUAACAUUUGAACACCAAAACUCACCAUAUUUUUAAAUUUUAAAAAUUAAAAAAUUAUUUAAAAUUAAAAUAGCAACACCGGUCAACCACCGGUCAGCAGCGGCGUCCGGCGUUUGCGGCAGGUUUUGCGGCAGCGAGAUGCGGCAAGCGGCAAUCAAAGUGGUCAAUGGAGAGUUUUGCAUCAUCUGACCAUUGCAUGUCAAUCUCAUCAAGCUGCAGAGAACUCAGCCCUAUUUGCGGCUUUGAUUUCCAAAGAUGAUGUUAAGAUCAUACACAAACCUUUUAGAUUUGGCCACAGGGAAUUUCCCAACAAUGAAGAGGGAAGGGAGACGAAUGCCGAGGGCAAUGUCUGUACCUGGGAACAUAUGCGAUCUUGACGAUCAACAGUCCCAUCACAGCGCUGCAUUCUCUGACAAUCCGUCCUCGCUUUCCAGUGAUAGGAUGAUCAUUGUCGCGAAUCAGCUGCCACUUAAAGCUACAAGAAACGCAGACGAUAAAGAAUGGAUUUUUACCUGGAAUGAAGAUUCUUUGCUGUUGAGACUCAAAGAUGGGUUGCCAGAAGACAUGGUGAUCAUAUACGUGGGGUGUUUAUGCGUCGAUGUUGAUGCAGUCGAGCAGGACGAUGUUUCUCACCACCUCCUGGAGAAGUUCAGAUGCAUCCCCACUUUCCUUCAGCCAACUGUUCUUGAAAAGUACUAUGAGGGCUUCUGCAAGAAACACCUAUGGCCUCUUUUCCACUACAUGUUGCCCUUCUCCCCGGAUCAUGGGCCCCGCUCUGACCGUUCUCUGUGGCAGGCAUAUGUUUCGGUCAACAAGACUUUUUCCCAGAAAGUGGUGGAGGUUCUUAAUCCGGAUGAAGAUUUUGUUUGGAUCCACGAUUAUCACUUGAUGGUGUUGCCCACAUUCUUGAGGAGGCGGUUCAACCGGUUAAGAAUUGGUUUCUUCUUCCACAGCACUUUCCCUUCUUCUGAGAUCUACAGGUCUCUACCUGUUAGGGAAGAGAUUCUGAAGGCUCUGUUAUGUUCGGAUCUCAUCGGUUUCCACAAUUUUGAUUAUGCUCGCCAUUUCCUCUCUUGCUGCAGCAGGAUGCUGGGGGUGGAGUAUCACUCAAAAAGGGGUUAUAUUGGGAUGGAGUACUACGGUAGGAUUGUUGGUGUAAAGAUUAUGCCCAUUGGAGUCCACAUGGGACAAAUCGAGUCGCUGAUGAGGCUUGCAGAGAAAGAAACGAAACUCGGAGAGCUUAGGAAACGAUUUGAAGGGAAGACUGUGUUGCUUGGGGUUGAUGACAUGGACAUCUUUAAAGGCAUCAACUUGAAGCUUCUAGCUAUGGAACACUUGCUCAAACAACACCAAGAAUGGCAAGGGAAGGCUGUUUUGGUCCAGAUUGCCACCCCUCCGAAAGGGAAAGGGAUCGCUUUGGAGGAGAUCAAAUCUGAAAUCCAAGAAAGCUGUAAGAGAAUCAAUGGAGAAUUUGGAGAAGAUGGGUAUGAUCCUGUUGUUCUCGUCGACUCACCCAUAUCAAGCAGUGAAAAAAUGGCUUAUUAUAACAUUGCAGAAUGUCUUGUCACCACACCUGUAAGGGAUGGGAUGAACCUGAGGCCAUAUGAGUAUGUUAUUUGUAGGCAAGGAAUACCUGGUGGUGCAGAAACAGACUCGGGAUCGGGCUUUGGUGAGCCCAAGAAGAGUGUUUUGGUCUUAUCCGAAUUCAUCGGAGAAACAGCUCAGGCACGAGAAGCAUUAUCGCUAUGUCAGCACCCAUGACGUGGCGUAUUGGUCUAGAAGCUUCUUGCAAGAUUUGGAGAAGAAAUGCGCGGAUCACUUCAGGA